AUGACUCAAAACUUUUGUUUAUGUAUUCAUUUUGUCAGAGAAAAAGCUUCCUGUUCUUGUAGCAGAACCUCGCUAAUUCGGAUUGUUGCCAUUGGCACUGCGGGUUCGUGUCCUUAUUGGAAUACCAACCCAGAUUCUAAAACAACUUUGAAACUGUCAAUUCCUGCACCAUUUCUUGAAGACCUUUCAUUUCAAUGGUGCCAGCCGUUUCUUUCCUCUGAUCAUUUGAAAACUGGAAAUUUCCCAAUGUUUUCAUCCAGAGUUAGUCUUGCUCCAGCUGGGGAUACUAAAAAAGAAGCCCCAGUAGCGGUUGGAGAUGCUAAAAAACCAUGUUGUGGAUGUUUAGGUAGAGAUUCUAUUGCAAAUGCAGCUGCAAAGGUUGGCCCUGCUGUUGUCAAUCUGUCUUUCUUACAAGGUAUCUAUGGGAUUUCAACUCGAAGGAAUAUAUGCUCUGGAACUAUUAUUGAUCCAAGUGGUACAAUUUUAACAUGUGCUCAUGUUGUGGCUGAUUUUCAAGGCUUGCGAUCCACAAUCUAUGGGAAGGUUGAUGUGACUUUGCAAGAUGGCCGAAAGUUUGAGGGUAGAGUAGUGAAUGUUGAUUUACACGCUGAUAUUGCAAUUGUCAAGAUCAAAUCUAAAACUCCACUUCCAACUGCAAAACUUGGUUCUUCAAGCAAUCUUCGCCCUGGGGACUGGGUGAUAGCCAUGGGCUGCCCUCUUUCCCUUCAGAAUACUAUUACAGUGGGUAUUGUGAGUUGUGUUGAUCGUGCAAGCAGUGAUUUGGGUCUGGGAGGGAUGCACAGAGAGUAUUUGCAAACUGAUUGUGCAAUGAAUAUGGGAAAUUCUGGUGGCCCCCUUGUUAAUCUUGAUGGAGAGAUUGUUGGAGUUAAUAUUUUGAAAUUGGCAGCAGCAGAUGGACUGAGUUUUGCUGUACCAGUUGACUUGGUUUCCAAAAUUAUAGAGCAUUUCAAGAAUAGUUGGAGAGUUUUUCGGCCUUGGCUUGGAUUGACAAUGGUUGAUCUUAACGAGAUGAAUAUUGCUCAGCUUAGAGAAAGAGGUGACCAAUUUCCUAAAGUUGAGAAAGGCAUUCUUGUUCCUAUGGUAUCCCUAUGUUCUCGAGCUGAUCGUGCUGGACUCCGUCCAGGUGAUGUUGUUAAAGUUGAUGGGAAACCUGUUGAAAGUAUGACAGAGAUUGUUCCGAUAAUGGAAAAUAAAAUCUGGAAACCUUUGAAGGUUGUUGUGAAAAGAGCCAAUGAUGAAGAGGUUACGUUGACUGUAAUCCCAGCUGAGGCCAAUCCAUAUAUGUUAGAGGCUGUAACUCAUCUCUAUGUUAAUUUUUUUUGACAGAUUUUGAGAAAGAGCAAUAGAGAAAAAACACUGGAAAGUCAAUUGUAUGCUAUCUUCUCAGUUUAAAUUUGCUUUAAACUUUGUGCAGGAUCAUAGAUAUUCAUACAUUUAUUUGAGAUAUGAUUGGAUUUAA